AGUGAAGGGGCCACGUUGAAUGGGCUAACCUUUCAAUAUAUUCCAGAACUAACAAACGCACAGAACUGGCUUCUGCGAACGCGCUCCGGGAGUUACCCUAAACGAGCAAGUGCAACUGCUGUACCUCAGCUAUGAGCACACUAAAGGCACCAGUGACGUCAACAGCACACAGUCCAAUGUGAGUCGAGCUCGUAUCAGACGUUUCUUAAGCAGCAACCCGGAGCAGCCAUGUUGAAGUCAUUGCUGCCGGUCCUCUGUUUCUGGGGAGCCGUACUACUUCAAGAUGUACACGUCUGGGGACAAGGAUGGGGACAAGGAUAUGACCAAGGACUGGGACAAGGAUGGGGACAAGGAUAUGGCCAAGGGCAGGGCCAAGGAUAUGGACAAGGACUGGGCCAAGGAUGGGGGCAAGGAUAUGGCCAAGGAUAUGGCCAAGGAUGGGGGCAAGGAUGGGGGCAAGGAUGGGGUCAAACAGGAAGUCAAGGAUUCGUCCCGUCGCAAGGAAGUGGGUACGCAAUGGAACCUUUCCCGCCUCAAGUAGUCGUUCGCAUCUUCACGUUUCCCAACCCAUACGCGCAACUCAACCUGGCAUCCCGACCACCACCACUACAGCCAGGGUACGGCGCGCCCGGAAUUGCACCCCCGUACGGGCUGCCAGAGCUUAUAUCCAGAGGUGACGAGCCCCCUCCCCCAAUGGAGCCAUCUCGACGGCCCCCAUACGAACACAGGGAAGACGAGUUCUUGCAGGGUCUACCGCACGUGCAAGAUCCAUAUCAAGGUCCUUACGAGUCUACCGGCACAGGACUGGGAACGCCUCCCGGACCCCCGCCUGUGCAAGUAGUACCAAUUCCACACGAGUUCCAUUACGGUCCAGCACCAAAGCAUCUCGUGCCAGUACCGUUCGUCGCUGGCUUUCCACUCGCUAGUCCGCCGGGGUAUCCUCCUCAUGUAGCAUACCAAGCUCCUUAUCAGCCACAGUUCCCGACACAAUUCCCGCCGCAAAUCCCACCACAGUUCCCGCAACAAUUCCCUCCGCAAUUCCCGCCACAGUUCCCGCCACAAUUGCCGCCACAGUUCCCGCCACAAUUCCCGCCACAAGUCCCGCCACAAGUCCCGCCACAAGUCGCGCCACAAUUCCCGUCACAGUUCCCGCCACAAUUCCCGCCACAAUUCCCGACACAGUUCCAGCCACCGUAUCAGCCACAGUUCCAGCCACCGUAUCAGCCACAGUAUCAGCCACAGUAUCGACCUCCGUAUGACGAUCAUAGUGAAGUGGGACUUCUCGAGGAUUUCAAAUAUAGAUGUAACCCGGCGUCAGAGCAAGCGAACGCGUUUUGCAUGUAUGCCUGUGGCAUGGCGUACCAAGCGUCGGGAUAUUGCAGUUCUGCUGAUCAUUGCCAUUGUGUCAGGAGGCCCGGUGACGUGGGCUACGUGUGAUAACCGCAAUAAAGAAUUGCAACUCCGCC